UUUCAAUCUCCAUUAAUGGCGUGCAGGUUUCUUCUGCUUUUAGAGCUCACCACCAUUCUUGCCCUUCUGGUCUUACCUUGCGAAGCCACCACAUACAUGGUAGGUGACUUGGCCGGCUGGGAUACAAGCGCAGAUCUCUCUUCAUGGCCAGCGACAAAGCAUUUCUACGUCGGCGAUGCUUUAUUGUUCCAAUAUUCUCAGUACCACAACGUCAAUGAAGUAGACAAGGAAGGCUACAGAAACUGCAACGCUUCAAACGCUAUACUAACGAGCUCUAAUGGCAACACUUCUGUUACCCUCACCACCACUGGCGAGAAGUAUUUCAUAUGUGGAGUUCUCUCUCACUGUUUAGGAGGAAUGAAGCUUCAAAUUAAAGUUUUGUCUAAAUUUACUUCAGCGCCACCGCCGCAGCCGCCGUCGCCGCCGCGGUUUCCUUCGCCGCCGUGGUUGCCGCAGUUUCCUUCGCCGCCAUCACUGCAGUCUCCUUCGCCGCCGUCGCUGCAGUUUCCUUCACCGCCAUCGCGGCAGUCUCCUUCGCCGCCGUCGCCGACGUUCUCUCCUAGGACUCCUUCAACUACGCCCUCAAGUCCGUCGUUAGGGAACAUUGUCGACGGUCUAUUUCCUCAGGCAAACGGCUCUUUGCAUGGCUUAAGGUGUAAUUUGUUCUUGGUUUUGUGUUACUGUAUUGGAGGUUUAUUUUGGAUUUUAUUUUAGAAAGUUUAAAUAAAAUGUUAAAAGUUAUAUUAAA